CGUGGAGUGGAGGAUGUGUCUGGAAGAGGGACAGAGGAAGGCUGGAGGAAGGCAGCAGAGCGGCUAUGUACCCUCUCUUCUCUUCCCCCUGUUUUCUCUCUCUGCGUAUGCUGCUGGCCCUCAGCGAAGGGCUCCUUCUUCACAACCGAGAAGACGACAGCUGAACUCCAACAAACCUGAACCUCAUGUCACAAGGAAACGAGAAUGGCUGUGAAAAUCGUGAAGAUUCCCCGGCAGCAGGUGAGGAAGUUUGGCCGGAAUUGGAGCGGGCAGAAUGCUUGGCACGGGGAGCAGCUCUCAAAUGGGCUUCAGGUGUGUUCUGCCGCCCGGAACACCUCGAGAGGCUUGCACACUACAGGAAGAGGGAGAGUCAAAGAACAGCAUCCAUAAACUCAAGGUUAAAGUCAGUUGUCCAGUCCUAUCUAGAAGGUGUAGACUGGGGACUGGGACAGCUCAGAGAGGCUCGUGCUGAGCUGAGAGAAGUGUCUCACGCUAUGAACUUGGUGAGACUCGAAUCCAGUAAGAACGCUGAGAGCAUUAACGCCCUGGACACACUGAGAGAGACGUCCAUCAAUCACUGUCAACUGCUGGCUGCUGUUACUAACCUGCCACACCUCCACUCAGUGAAGAGCAUGGUGAUGGAAACAGAGCGCCUCGUGGAGUCACGCCGGUUGCUGGAAGCCCAUGCUCGCCUCAUGGAGCUGGAACGCUGGCAGGAUGAGGUUCUUCUUCAGCUCCAUGAACUCAGAGGCUCAUCCCGAACCUUGCUGAGCCCCGAGGAUGAUGCGUUGGUGCAGAAUUAUUUUUCAGGAGUGGGGCGGCUGGUAGAGGCCCUGGCUAAAGAGCUGUGGGCGGUGGUGGGGAGCGGACUGACUCUCUCCCUUCAGAACCCCACGCCGUUUGUGUCAGCAGUACGCAUCGUGGAGCGCGAGGAAGCACUUGAUCAUUACUUUCUAGAGGAGAGGCAGUGUGCGUCAGGUGCAAGGCAUGGCAGGCCCAUGCCCCCAGGAAGGCCUCGCUGCUGGAGAGAACGCUUUUUUAAGGUGUUGGAGGAGGCCGUUGCGGCUCGUUUCCGCAGUGCAUCGUACUUACACACACGAGGCCCCGGACUCGCUGGCCACCUUUCAGCCCUACAGCACAGCAUCAUGGGAGACUUGGCUACAGUGCGCAACCUGCUGGAGCAGUGCGUUCCUCCGCAUUACCACCUCACCAAAGCGUAUCUACGGGCAUGCCACCGCUGCCUACAGGUCCAUUUAGGCCAAAUCAUUGGCUGGGAGCUGCAAAGUGGGGAGAUCUUCGCUGUCCUGAACUGGGUUCUUCACAUCUACAACAGCUCAGAAAUGAUGGGCGACCCAGGCCUUGCUGCACAAUUGGAUCUGGAAGAGAUGGGCCCUCUGAUAUCUCAGGAGGGUCUGGAACAACUGCAGAACAAAUAUGUUCACUGUGUUCGGAAAAGCCUCUCAGAAUGGAUGCAGAAGGCACUGGAGGUCGAACUUACAGACUGGCAAAGGGAUCAGGAGCCUGAUAUUGACCACGAAGGCUGCUACCAUACCAGCCUUCCUACAAUCAUCACUCAGAUGUUAGAGGAGAAUGCACGUGUGGCUCUGAUGAUCAGUGAAAGUCUGCGGGAUCAGACAAUCCAGAUGGGUCUGUAUGAAAUGGAGACCCUCCUAACCAGAUUUCGAGACGCUAUCAUAGAAUUCGGGAAGGAGCAUCGAAAGGAUCCACUGGCAAACAACACCAAAUUCUACCUCCAUUACCUCCUGGCGUGCAUAAGCAACUGCAUCAUCCUCAAGACGUCCACAGAGACCCUUCAUCAGCAGGUUAGCUCUCGUCAGUCAGUGCGCUUUUCCCGGAUUCCCCCCGGGCCGCUGGCUGCUCUGGACAGGGCCGUGAGGAAAGCGUGUCGCCUCAUGAUGGACCAGCUGCUCCUGGAUCUUCAGCCCCACUUGCAGGGGCUCCUGUCACGUUCCUGGCUGGUCCAGGGAGACGUCAUCCCUAAGGUGUGCAAUGUCCUGGAGCGCCACUGUGAACUAUACAGCCGGGUGCGCUCGCCUUGCAGAGAGCGGCUGCAGGAGGAGUGCCAGUGGCUGACGGUGGUGGAGUAUGUGCGUGCACUGAUGCAGAAGAAGCUGAUCUGCCGGAGCGAUGAGGAGAGGCAGCUGCUAGCGCAGCAGAUGGUCCAGGAUGCCCAGCAGCUGAAGGAGCACUUCCAGAGCAUUGAAGUUGAUGGGACAGUCAGCGAGGUGAAUCCCACAGCUCUGAUCCCUGUGCUGGCUGAUUUAAUCAAGCUAAAAGAUCCUGGCAUGCUAACACUCGAGGUGUCCGGGCUGAUAUCCAAGUACCCUGACAUCAGUGAGGAGCAUGUCUCUGUGCUGCUGGACGUUCGAGGGGACGUUCCCCGAGAUGUGAGAGGGACAGUACUCUGUUUACUAGAACAGAGCUCACCGCCACUGCCACCAGGAUACCGCCCAAUCUUCCCAGACAUCCUUGUGCCUCCUUCCAGCACGCCUUUCUGCUUGCCUACAGCCAAGUGUGCUUGAUGAGAGCUCUCCAUGGAGCAGCCUGAGUCACACCAUCCUGUCCAGCCAGAGCAAACAGGAAUCAACUUGGCGUCAAAUCUAAAUUUAGCAACUUCCUUUCCUCACUGACCUCUGACUGGUGGAAGCUUAGUAGUUUAGGUUCUGUGCUUCAAAGUCCAGGAUUGCCAGAAAGCCACUGUUGAACCCGUGAGCAAGAGCCUCUACACUUGGACAAGGGAUAAAAUCUCUGAAAAUAUACAUGUGCUUUUGUAGAUUGGUGAAUUAUACAAUAUUCCUGAAAUAAAAUAUCAGAACAGGAAGCCGAGAACCCAAAGAUGAAUUGCUGUGGGUUAUUUUAUCAGUGUAAACAUGAGGAUUAACUGUGAUACACUGUGCCAUGAUGAAAUCUUGUUGUAUUGUGGUUUACAAAGUAUGUGUAUAUCAUGGCUUAAUGUGUACAAUAAAGUCUUUUUACAUUAUA